CUCGAGACCUAACUCUCAUCAUGCACCCCCGUACGAUCGAGCCCUGGUGUUGCUACAUAACCGACAUGUCAGGAGAGGAUGGCGAGUCUUCUGAGCAUCCAGAGAGACCGCCAUCGUUUCAAAGAGCUCUCCUGGCCGGGGCCAUCUCUGGUGUGGCGGUAGAUUUCAUCCUCUUUCCACUGGACACUGUCAAGACUCGGAUACAAUCGGCUCAAGGCUUUGUCAAGUCUGGAGGGUUCAAAGGCGUUUAUAAUGGCGUGGGAAGUGUUGGCAUAGGGAGCGCUCCUGGAGCGGCCUCAUUCUUCGUGACGUAUGAAGCCUUGAAGAGCCGAUUGCCAAAGACAUUUGAUACCCUGGCCACCUCCCCUGGGCUCAAUCAUUUAGUUUCAGCAUCGGGUGCCGAGUUCAUGUCAUGUCUUAUCCGAGUCCCUACCGAAGUCAUCAAGUCCCGCACACAGGCUGGGACUUACGGCAAGGGCAAAUCGUCAUUACAUUCUGCCAUUAUGACAGCUCGUAAUGAAGGUAUCAGAGGCUUUUAUCGAGGAUUCGGCAUAACCAUUGUCCGAGAGAUUCCAUUCACGUCAAUCCAAUUUCCCCUCUAUGAAGGAUUGAAGACUCAGCUCUCGGUCCAAUACCUUGAUGGCAAGCGUCCGACACCAGUGCAGGCCGCUCUGUGUGGAAUGAUAGCAGGAGGAACAGCUGCUGCUUUGACGACACCGCUGGAUGUAGUCAAGACCAGAGUUAUGCUGGAGGCGCAGGCGGCGAAAGGUUCCCAUAGACCGUCACCCUCAGUGCUGUCUUUCCCGCCUCGACUCGUCGCCAUCUUUCGUAAUGAGGGGAUCAAGGCACUAUUUGGUGGUUGGCAACCACGGACAUUGGCCAUCUCAUUUGGUGGAGCCGUCUUCCUUGGCAUUUACGACUUUUUUGUGCACUGGGGUCUGCCUCGAGGCACGAUCCAACUGCCAGAUGCAUAGGAAACACUAUGAGAAUGCCGCAAUGCCCGUAAUGGAUUUGCCGAGAAUAAGAGCUGAGCGUUAGUAUGGAUUUCAAGCACCUGAAGCCUACUGUGGAUAUCAUGGGUGCCUUCGUAGGUAGCAGUGACUUGAAGAUUGGCAACAUGUCGACCCAAGUGGUACCUUUCGUUAAUACUGCUCACAAUGGCUCUCACUCAUCGGCACAAGCGUUGCCU